AUGGGGACGUACUUGUCCUCGAUGCUUGCUUCUGGAUCCAAAGUGGAACAGGGGGUGGUGUCCAACAACGAGACAACGGAGGAUGAUCAAAAGCUUGUUGCGCUGGAGAAGGCGUUGCUCGACGAAAGCGCGGAUCCGGUGGAUCUACCUUUCUCGCUUCUCAAGUCCAUCACAGGAGACUUCUCUGAGGCGCAAGAAAUCGGCCGCGGCGGGUUCGGAGUUGUUUACAAGGGAGUGCUUCCAAGUGGUGGCACUGUCGCAGUGAAGAAGCUCUACGAGAAGUUUGAGAUCCUGGACAAGAAUUUCAAGAGUGAGGUCGCAUGUCUCAUCGGGGUCAAGCACAAGAACACGGUACGAUUCCUUGGGCACUGCUCCGAGACACAGCACAUGAUGAUGCCAUACGAGGGAAAGCUUGUCUGUGCAGAAGAACGGCAGAGGCUGCUCUGCUUCGAGUACCUGCCCAAACGGUGCCUUACUAAAUAUAUCUCAGAUGCAUCUUGUGGACUUGAGUGGGCCACCCGUUAUCAAAUAAUAUUGGGGGUCUGUGAAGGCAUACAUUAUCUUCACCGGAAGCGUAUUAUUCACAUGGACCUUAAACCUCAAAAUAUACUAUUGGAUAAUAACAUGGUGCCCAGAAUUGCGGAUUUCGGCCUAUCACGACGCUUAAGUGAAAGCAAGAGUCGCGCUAUUACAGAAAACAUGAUUGGGACAAACGGAUAUAUGGCACCAGAAUUCAUAAAAAACGGAGAAAUCACCUUCAAGACAGACAUAUAUAGUCUAGGUGUAAUAAUCAUGGAGAUCCUUAUGGGACAAAAGGAACGCUCCAAUGUUAAGGAGGUAGUUGAAAGUUGGACGAAGAAGUUUGGGACAUCAAAGAGCCAAACAACACUGGAACAAGUAAUAGCAUGUGCCGAGACAGGGAUACAAUGCAUAAACUAUCAAUCGGUGAACAGGCCUCCUACGUGGUUUAUCAUUGAACGAUUAUUGGGCAAAGCUAAGAUUUCAGACUGGUCCCUUACAAGUGAUGCAGCUGCCUCAACAAAAGGGCAGACAAACCUUGACUCCAAGCUGGAGGAUGAGCCAGAGUUUAUGGAUAAUUCUGCCAUAACAUCCCAACCACAACCGUUAGUGUUGGAAGUGGUGCAGGAGGAUGGCAAAGUGUGCCAACAGAGGAAUGUGAAGGAAACAACCGUGAGUGUGGCGAUUGGGGUGAUGAGCACCCUCAAUGCCAAGCUUACCACACUCAUGGGCGACGAGUACAAUAAGCGCAGAGAGGUGAGGAAGCAGGCGUCCUUCCUCCAAAAGGAAUUGAGGACCAUAAAUGCGGCCCUUGAGCAGCUAGAGCUCAUGGAUGAGCUCGCUCCAGGGGUAAAAAAUUGGCGGGACGAUGUUAGGGAAAUUUCCUACGACAUGGAGAAUUGCAUUGAUGACUUUAUGUGCCAAUUUGGAGGUAAGGAUGCUGAGGCAUGCUUUGUCGGGGAGGCUACCGAACUUCACAAGAGGUUGUGCGAGCUUCAUAGGAUUGCCAACCAGAUGGAGGAGCUUAAGACUCUUAUGGUAGAAGCAAAUGCUCGACGUGAGAGUUACAAGAUUGAUUAUUGCAAGCCUAGCUCUAGCUUUGUGUAUGUCGACCCCCGUCUGUCAGCAGUCUACCAGGAGGCAACCAAUCUUGUCGGCAUCGAAGGACCAAGGGAGCAGCUUGCCAGUUGGUUGAUGGGUACUGAGAAAAACCUCAAGGUCAUGUCCAUUGUGGGUUUCGGAGGUCUAGGUAAGACUACACUCGCCAAACAAGUGUUUGACAAGAUCAGCGGGCAAUUCAGUUGUGUGGCGUUCUUUCCGGUUUCACAGAGGCCCGAUAUGAGAGUACUUCUCAAUGGCCUUCUAUUGAAACUUGAGAUAGAGGAGCCUUAUCAUGAUCCUAGGUCUGGAGACAUCAUCGAAGAGAUAAGGAAGUAUCUCUCAAAGAAAAGGUACCUUAUUGUAGUUGAUGACUUGUGGGAUCAAUCAGCAUGGAGAACUAUCAGUUGUGCUUUUCCAGAAAGCGGAAAUGGGAGUAGAAUAAUAGUAACGACUCGAGUGGAAGAUGUGGCUGGUCUGGCUUGUCAGAAGGAUCGUGAGUGCAUUUACAGAAUGAAGCCUCUCAAUGGACUAAACUCAAAAAUGUUAUUCUCCAAUAGAGUAUUUGGGCCCGAAGUUGUUUGUCCACCCUAUCUUAAAGAUGUCGCGGCUGAAAUUCUAAAGAAGUGUGGUGGAUUGCCACUUGCAAUUAUCACUAUAGCAAGCCUAUUGGCUACUCAAGUGGGAUCUAGGAAACACUGGGAGAGCAUCAGGAAAUCUCUGGGUGCCCAAUCCGUACUAAAUCCUACAUUGAAAGAGAUGAACAGUAUAUUAAACCUUAGCUACAAGCAUCUUCCUUUUCAUCUCCGUGCAUGUUUUCUUUAUCUUGGUAUGUACCCUGAGGACCACAUUAUAUGGCGGGAUGAUUUGAUUAAACAAUGGAUCGCCGAAGGCUUUGUCAGCAAUUUGCAUGGGCUCGAUUUGGAGGCUGUUGGCAGAAGUUAUUUCAAUGAGCUCGUUAAUAGAAGCAUGAUCCUGCCAUGGAAUACCAUGUAUGGUGAGGUCUUGUCUUGCAGAGUACACGACAUGAUGCUUAAUUUGAUCAUAAGCAAAUGUGUAGAAGAUAAUUUUAUAAGUGUGGCAUACAAUUCUGAGCACUUAGCAAGACUGUUGCAUGGCUGCAAGUACAAGGUUCGCCGAUUAUCCCUGAGCUCCAUGGCUAUUGGUGGAGCAACAUAUGACACGACUAUUGCUGCUAGCCUAUCGCAAGUUCGGUCUUUUAUACUAUUCAAGAACCCCAUACCCCCUCUUUCGUGGUUCAAGUAUCUCAGGAUGCUCAACAUUGCUAGGGUGAUGGAGAUAGCUGACCUCACUGCUAUUAACCAAUUGUUUCUGCUGAGGUAUCUAAUGGUUAGAGUUUAUUGCAUUGAAAUGCAUCGACAAGUUGAGUAUGGGAGGAUAAAGCUCCCUGCUAAACUUUGUGAGCUUAUUUACUUGGAGACAAUGGACAUACAAGAUUGCCGCCUGAUAAAUAGUUUGCCUUCAGAUUUAGUUCAUUUGCCCCGCCUGUCGCAUCUUGUUCUUCCAGAUUUUACACACUUACCUGAAGGUAUCGAGAACAUGAAAUCACUGCACACUCUGCAAGGGCUUGACCUGAGAUAUAGCUCGCUGGAGUGUAUUAGAAGUCUGGGCAAGCUGACCAAUCUGAGGAAACUUAGUAUGAGAAUUGAUUAUGAUAUGUCGAGGCGACAAAUUGAUGCUUUGGCCUGCUCCAUUGGAAAGCUCAAUAACCUCGAAUAUAUGUUUAUCUCUGGCGGCCAUUUUGAUGAGGGUAAUGACCAGAAGCUGGGUUCAUUAUCCAAUCCUUUUCAAUAUAUGGAGGGACUUCACUUGAUUGGUUGGUGGUUGUGCAGAGUUCCAAAAUGGAUGUGUGACCUCAAUUGCUUGCGCUUCCUUCAGCUGCAGGUUAAUGAGACGUCAAGUGAGGAGGUUCAUCUUCUUGGAAAGCUUCCCUCCCUCAUCAAACUCAACUUUGGAGUGGAUAAAUUACCUAAUGAAAGGGCUAUAUUGGGCACGGGAUUAUUCCCGAUUCUGGAGUUCUUUUAUUUUCAUUCUUGGAAAGACAGUACGGGGUACCUGGGAUUCGAGGGAGGGGCUAUGCCCAACUUACGAAUCCUCUGUCUCAGUGCAAUCCGUUGGGGUGGCACAAUACCAGUCGGCAUGGAGCACCUGUUACACCUCCAGAAGAUCCGAGUGCUUGGGGCCUCCAAUGAUGCCGUGGCCGCGUUCAAGGAGGCCUUACUAGUCCACCCAAAUCGCCCUUCUGUUUUUAGUGGCACAAAUUGA